AUGAAAAGAAAGGCAGAAAUAAAAGUAGAAGUAAAAAUAAAGAAGCAGAGGAAUUGCAGGCGUAAUCAUGGAGUGAACUGGGUAAGAGGAGAGCUGAUCGGAAGAGGAAGAUAUGGGUCUGUUCAUCUUGCCACUUCCACGAAACCCAUCACACGGUCUGUUCAGCAUGAGGCAGAGGUGCUCAUCAAACUUAAGGGCUGCCCUUCUGUUAUUGAGUGCUUUGGUGGACAAUUCACCGCCGAUGAGAAUGGUGAGAAGGUCUACAAUUUGUUCUUGGAAUAUGCCUCUGGCGGAAGCCUUGAUCAUCUGAUCAAGAAUUCCAAUGGUUGUGGAUUGCCGGAAUCUGAGGUUAGGUGGUAUACCAAGUCAAUUCUUGAAGGGGUUAAGCGCAUUCACCAGUGUGAUUAUGUUCACUGUGAUUUGACCCCGGAGAACAUUCUGCUUCUGCCUACCACCACAAGUUGUGGAAGUACUAGUUUGGUGGCGAAGAGAGCCGAUUUCGGAUUGGCUAAGAGAACAAAAGAAAAGGUGGGUGGAUCUGGAUGUAGAGGCUCUCCUAUGUAUCUGUCCGCAGAAGCUUUGCUUGACAAGUUGCAGGAUCAGCCCUCUGAAAUUUGGUCUGUUGGUUGCAUUGUGCUUGAGAUGCUUACCGGGAAGCCCCCAUGGGAUACGCGUUUUUGUUGGAAGCCUCAGGAUUUCCUGGACAUGCUUGUUUUUGACUCUCCCAAGAUUCCAGCUAAAAUCUCAAAGGAGGGGAGGCAUUUUCUAAAGAUUUGCCUAGCCUUCAAUCCCUGUAAAAGGUUAACUGCUGAAGAGCUCUUAUCUCGUCCAUUCGUUUGUGCAUUGAAUACAACCAGAAGAUAUAAUGGAGCUUCACAAUCUGAUACUGCAAGUGUAACUUUGAGUUCAAGCAGUGAAGAAGUGAUUGUGCAUUGA